UUGUUCAAGUUUAGGGAACAAACAUCAGAUACAACCAAUGAUUUGAUAAACUAUGCCGGCUAACAGGGACAGGCAUGGACUUUGAGACAGUCCACAUUGAGGCAGUAGAAAUAAGUACUGCAAAAAUAUACAGUCGUUUUCGCUAUUUUUGGUACCGUGUUAAGAAGAAUACUGUGUUUGAAAAGAGAUCGUUCUUGGGGAUCCCGUUAGUGUCUAGUCACUGGAAAUGGGGAGAAAAGGCGGGCUCUUCAAGUAUGCUGAUGGCGUCGAUAAGUUGCUCAUGCUGCUUGGUACUUUGGGGAGCAUAGGGGACGGCCUCAUGUCUCCGCUUAACAUGUUUGUUCUAAGUGGUAUCAUAGAUGAGUAUGCAACUUCCAGUCAGUCCAUCUCCAACAAAGUGGUGGACAAGUAUGCUCUGAGGCUGCUCUGUGUAGCUCUUGGAGUUGGAGUCUCUGCGUUUCUUGAAGGUCUAUGUUGGACAAGAACAGCCGAGAGGCAAACAUCUCGAAUACGAACGGAGUACUUGAGAUCAGUACUAAGACAAGACGUCGCUUUCUUUGACGCCCAAGGUGCUUCUUCCACCACCUUCAAAGUCGUAUCGAGCAUUUCAGCAGACGCACACUCGAUUCAAGCUGUCAUAGCUGAGAAGAUACCAAACUGCCUCGUCGACCUCUCUGCAUUUGUGUUUGGCCUAAUCGUUGCCUUCUUGCUUUCUUGGCGCCUAGCCUUAGCUUCCCUACCGUGUGCGCUGUGUUUUAUAGCCCCAGGAGUAGGAUUCGGGAAGGUGAUGAUGAGUCUGGGAGCCAAAGCCAAAGAUGCUUAUGAGGUUGCGGGCAGUGUAGUAGAACAAUGUAUAUCAUCGAUCCGAACUGUUUAUUCCUAUGUGGGCGAGAGACAAACGCUUGAUAGAUUCAGCCGUGCUCUUCAAGAUAGCAUGAAACUCGGCAUAAAGCAAGGUUUUGCGAAAGGGCUGAUGAUAGGAAGUAUGGGGAUAGUUUUUGCAGUUUGGGCAUUUGAAUCUUGGGCUGGAAGUGUUCUUGUGAUUGAGAGAGGAGAAAGCGGUGGCCGUGUUUUUAUAGCGUCUGUCUGUAUUGUCCUCGGAGGACUGUCUUGCAUGAGUGCGCUGCCUAAUCUGUCAUUCAUCGUAGAGGCUUCAGCUGCAGCCACGCGAAUCUUUGAGAUGAUAGACCGUGUUCCUGAAAUAGACUCAGAAGAUGAGAACGGAAAAGUUUUAGCUUAUGUACAUGGAGAAAUCGAGUUCAAGGAGGUCUAUUUCAGUUAUCCAUCAAGAAUGGAUACACCGAUUCUUCAGGGGUUCAAUCUCAAAGUACAAGCUGGUAAGACUGUAGGCCUUGUGGGAGGAAGUGGUUCUGGGAAAUCCACAGUUAUUUCCUUGCUUGAAAGGUUUUAUGAUCCUAUGAAAGGAGACAUACUGCUUGAUGGGCACAGAAUUAAAAGACUCAAGCUUAAAUGGUUGAGAUCACAGAUGGGACUGGUGAAUCAAGAGCCGAUUCUCUUUGCAACUUCCAUAAAGGAAAAUAUUUCGUUCGGAAAGGAAUACGCUACAAUGGAAGAGAUUGUAAAUGCUGCUAAGGCUGCAAAUGCACACGACUUCAUCGUUAAGUUACUGGGAGGAUAUGAAACUCAGGUGGGGCAGUUUGGGUUUCAGUUAUCCGGAGGGCAGAAACAGAGGAUUGCAAUAGCAAGGGCAUUGCUUAGAGAUCCAAGAAUUCUUUUACUUGAUGAAGCUACUAGUGCUCUUGACACCCAGUCUGAGAGAGUAGUACAGGAUGCCAUUGAGCAGGCUUCACUUGGAAGAACCACGAUUGUCAUUGCUCACCGUCUCACGACAAUCCGUAACGCUGACAUGAUUGUGGUCCUUGACUCAGGAAGAGUUGUUGAAUCAGGUUCUCAUGAUAGACUGAUGCAAAAAGGAGAAGGUGGAGUUUACUCUAAAAUGGUGAAACUGCAGCAGUCAGCAACAGAAAACGAACCCUUUUCUCAUCCUGAUCAUUCUAUAGAGGGAAGUAACAGGAGGAAUAUACCUGGCAGUACUCCCAGGUCUUCUUACAGUGUUAGAGCAAGUUGGCAAAACAGCCCUUCUUCCCCCUUUAGCCCAGCUUUAACCAUGAGCAUAGUCCCCUCAAUCAACACGAUUUCUUACUACGACAGCGAUGAUGAAUCAUUGGAUCCCACCUCGUCUCCCAGUCUUUCACAUUGGCAGUUGUUUCGCAUGAAUGCGCCUGAGUGGAAGAGAGCCUUGCUAGGGUGUCUAGGAGCCGUCAGCUUUGGGGCGGUCCAGCCGGUUAAUGCCUAUUGCUUGGGCUCAGUUGUCUCUGUAUACUUCCACAAUGACACAUCACAUAUGAAAUCAGAAACCUCAUUUUACUGCAAGAUAUUCUUAAGUAUAGCUGUAGUCAGCUUCUUUGCCAAUUUGCUCCAACAUUACAAUUUCGCAAUCAUGGGAGAGCGACUAACCAAGAGGAUCCGCGAAAAGGUUCUUCAUAACAUUCUCACAUUCGAGGUAGGCUGGUUUGACCUGGACGAGAACACAAGUGCUGCAGUCUGUGCACGUCUGUCCACUGAAGCCAACCUCGUACGAUGCCUUGUUGGAGAUCGUAUCUCGCUAUUGGUUCAGGUCUUUACCAGUGCUUCUGUAGCUUUCAUGCUUGGCCUGAUCCUAACAUGGAGAAUCUCCAUAGUUGUGAUUUCCAUACAGCCUCUGAUCAUCGCAAGCUUUUAUUCGAAAAGUGUUCUGAUGAAACGGAUGUCUGUCAAGUCCCAAAAGGCGCAGAACGAAGGAAGCCAGCUUGCAAGUGAGGCAGUGGUCAAUCACAGGACCAUAACAGCUUUCUGUUCUCAGAGUAAGAUUCUUGCCCUGUUUGCAGAAACCCUGAGAGGGCCACGAAAAGAGAGCAUAAAACAAUCAUGGUUUUCUGGGAUAGGCUUGUUUAUUUCUCAGUUUCUAACAACAGCUGCUAUAGCUUUGACGUACUGGUACGGUGGGAGGCUGAUGAACAAAGGAUUAGUGAGCUCAAAGCAUCUAUUUCAAGCUUUCUUCAUCUUGAUGAGCACCGGCAAGAACAUUGCUGAUGCAGGAAGCAUGUCGUCUGAUCUGGCUAAAGGGAGCAACGCUGUUAGAUCUGUUUUUUCCAUUUUGGAGAGAAAAACUGAGAUAGAGCCAGACGAUCCUUAUGGUUUCAAGAUCAAGAAAGGAUUAAAAGGCCGGAUAGAUCUAAAUGGUGUUUACUUUUCCUAUCCCUCCAGGCCGGAGCAAAUGAUCUUCCAGGGCCUUAGUCUCAGGAUUGAAGCUGGAAAGACCGUGGCACUUGUUGGACAAAGUGGCUCAGGCAAAUCAACCAUUAUAGGACUGAUCGAAAGGUUCUAUGAUCCAAUCAAAGGAACUGUUCUCAUUGAUGAACAAGACAUCAAAAGCUACAGCUUGCGAGACUUAAGAUCCCACAUAGCACUAGUGAGUCAGGAGCCGACACUUUUUGCUGGAACCAUCCAUGAAAACAUAGUAUACGGCAAUGAAAACGCCACAGAGUCUGAAAUCAGGAAAGCUGCAAUUCUUGCUAAUGCUCAUGAAUUCAUAAGUUCACUGAAGAAUGGAUACCAAACUUACUGUGGAGAAAGAGGGGUCCAGCUUUCAGGGGGACAGAAACAACGGAUUGCCCUUGCUCGUGCCAUUCUCAAGAAUCCAUCAAUCCUUCUCUUGGAUGAGGCAACCAGUGCAUUGGACAGCGUGUCAGAAAAUCUUAUCCAAGAAGCGUUAGAGAAGAUGAUGGUCAGCAGGACAUGUGUCAUCGUAGCUCACCGUUUGUCGACUAUACAGAAGGCAGACUGCAUCGCGGUGAUCAAGAAUGGGAAGGUUGUGGAGAAAGGAUCACAUUCUCAACUUCUUGAUCUUGGAAAUCGUGGUUCAUAUUAUUCACUGAUCAGGUUACAACAUGGCCUUCCUUCUUAGCUUGCUGGGAGCUUCAUGGCUUGUGACUUAUGUA